AUGUCGGCCGACUUGCUCGCAGAAUUUGACAGCUUUUAUCAAGCUCCGUCCAAAGACCACACCAAUGCUCCUACAGCUUCACACGAUCUCUCUUUGCUGAGCGACGCGAUCCCAGCGACACAGCCGGCUUUUGGAGCUUCGAAAUGGCAGAAUCAGACCACGCAGCAGAGCGCCGACAUCUGGGGAAGCGUAUCAAGCACACAGCCGAGUCUGAACCACACAAACGUGAACACAAACCAGGACGAUGGAUGGGGAUCGUUUGAAGCGUUUGCAGAGCCCGCUCCUGCGCCCAAACAGCUAAUAUCUCAGGCCUUCACGCCAAUGACAGGAAACUAUGGAACAGGCUCUGGUUCUGCGCAGCCGGGGUAUAAUGGCGGCAUCGUUAAAACAAAUACGCCCGACCUAUUUUCUUGGAAUGUGAACACAAUUGAAUCGUUGCCGCACCUUCCCACUCCAAUCGCAAAGGACGUCGCUCCCCGCCCACCAGUUCCAACCAGUCGUAACUCAUACGGUGAAGUCUUGUUUGACGCCGGGGAUGAGAUGAACAGCGGUUUUGGCGAAGACGACGACGAUUUUGGAGAUUUUGAGACUGUCACUUCCCCUCCACCUCCAACAGCACCACCUCCAUCCUCCCAGUCACUAGAUAAAUUAUUUGGCAGUAUUGCACCUGAACCAAAACGGCCAAUUGCACUAAAAGCAAAGCCAGCAAGCUUGCUUCCCGCAUCUGUGGCUUCUGCAUCUGUGGCAUCUGCAAGCCUAAGGUCGCCGAGUUUGACAUCCCCUUCUCUCAUGUCACCUAGUCUCUCCUCGCCGAAUCUGACAUCUCCUGGCCUACCAUACCCACAAGCCCCCAAGUCACCUUCUUUCCAAGAGAGAAAUCCAUUUGGACAACAAAUGAGCCUUGCUAUGAACCAAGUAGCUGCGGCGAAACAAGCAGACAAGCAAACGUCAGCGAGUCCGAUUACCGUCUGGCCGUCUCUGGUAACGCCUCAGAUCAAAAGAGACGACAAUCCAUAUGAGGAUUCCCCUGUGGUCAACAAUGAUGAGGAUGAAGAUUGGGGAGAUUUCUCAGACAUGCCUGCGCAAACACCGUCUACAAAUCAUGCUGUCAAGAACAAACCUACUUCUGGUAUCGAAGCUGAUGCGUGGGGCUGGGAUGAUGCUGAUGGUGUGACUACAAAGCCAGUAAAGGCUACUAACGAUGUUCCACCUCCAUCAAAUAUACCUCCGCCGUCAAUCAUUUUAACACUCUUCCCAGCAUUAUUCGACCUUCCCCAAACAACCUUGUUUAAAGGUGUUGUCAAUCAGUCAUUUUCACUCAAGAACCGCAUCUUAUCGGAUCCUUCUACUGUCAAUUUUCUUCGAGGUUACCUUCUCAUUGCUACCGUAGCAGCUAGAGUAGUUGCGGGCCGAAAGUUACGCUGGAAACGAGACACUAUUUUAUCCCAAUCUAUGAAAAUUGGCCAGGCCGCGGCUGGGGGGAAAGGAGGCAUGAAACUGGCGGGCGUGGACAAAGCAGAAGUAACGCGAGAAGACCGAGAAGCAGCUGAGGUCGUUAGAGUAUGGAAAGAUCAACUUGGCAGACUCAAAUCUGCCGUUGCUGUGGCAAACACAAGCAUCAAAAACACUUCACAGCACUUGCAGAUCCCUGACAUCACUGAUGUGAUGCACGUCAAGCUCGAGGCUGGUGGCUUGAAGGCCCCUAAACCAUGCGUACUAUGUGGACUAAAGAGAGAGGAAAGAGUCCAAAAGGUCGAUAUCACAGUUGAAGACUCCUUUGGCGAAUGGUGGGUGGAUCACUGGGGCCAUCGCGCUUGCAAGAAUCUAUGGGAAGAGCACGAGUCUAAGUUGAAACAUCACUAA